AUGGAGAGGUGUGGGGAGGGGCCGCCCGCAGGGUCUGCAGAAAGGAUAAGUUUUCUGAUUGAUAAAGUCACAGCCUUCACUCACAACACCAUCAGCCUCACCUCAGGAGAGGAGAUUAACCAUGAACGAAACCUCUAUUCCACACUGAGGAAGGAGUUUGGGCUUUGGAAAAAAACCAUUGAGGAUUCUGGGAUUACAUUCAGUUGGAAGCUUGGCCAAGAGGUGGCCCAUUAUGAUCGGAUGUAUAGAGGCAGAGAACUGCCCGGGUUCAUUAACUACAAGAUGUUUGAACGAGUGAUUAAAGAGCAGAUCAAGCUCCUGGAGGAGCCGGCCAUCACCAAACUCCAACAAGUGUCAGAAAUGAUCAAGAAGGAGAUGCUGAAGCUGGCACAGGAAAGCUUUGAGGGAUUUCCAAAUUUGAUCAAAACAGCCAAAAUCAAAAUUGAGGACAUCUGUGAGGACAAAGAGGCUGCAGCUGAGGCCAUGCUGAGGACUCAGAUCCAAAUGGAGAUGAUUGUCUACACACAGGACGGUAGAUACGGCAAGAAGUUGGGGAAACGCAAGCGAACCGAGGCUAACGAUGCUCCAAGUCAAUCUGUGUUCAGCACCUUCAGCCCCAACAGCUCCAUCAGCUCCAACAGCACCACCCUCAAAGAAAUGAUGACCCAUCUGAAAUCCUACUACAAUAUUGCGGGGCAGCGGCUGGCGGACUAUUUGCCGAUGGUAAUCAGAUACCAGCUGCUGCAGGAGUCGUCCGUGGAGCUGCAAAGACAAAUGCUACAGUCACUUCAGAACAAAGAGGAAGUGGAGGAUCUUCUGAAAGAGGACUGCACCAUGGGAGAAACCAGGACCAGACUGCAGCAGCGCCACCACCGCCUCCACCAGGCCCGCUCCCUGCUGUCCAAGUUCUGA